UUCUACAUCUUCAAGUAUAAUCUGCAAAGGGUUUUAACGCCUCAUUUUAAUCCGCAUCGUAAGCAAAUUUGGUCGUUACUGAUUUCUGGUGCCUCCUAAAACGCGGUAAAGUUUGCAGGAUGAACACCUCAAGAUCAUUUUGAUAAGGGAAACGCUUUUUCCUCAAGGUUUAAACACAGCGAGAGAAGAAAACAAGGCCAAGUGGUAUUCAAACGAGAAUAAAGUGGCAUUUUGGACCUCAGGAAAGAUUCUUCACAAAAUGCUAAUACAUUUUAAGCUGGGCAUUUUAAUCUUUAUCAUCUCGACUUCAUUGUUGGAGAUUGCACAUAGCUGCAGCAGAAGAAGGCGCACAUGUCGUACAGUACAUGGCGGAUGGAGUAGAUGGUCUCCAGAUCCAGUAGACCAUUGCAGUUGCAGUGGCAAAGUUCGUCAGACUCGACGCUGUACUAAUCCUCGUCCCAGCUGUUGGGGAAAUUCUUGUUCAGGUCCUUGUACCCGAUAUGUUGACUGUGACGAAUGCAGUUGCAACAAUGGGGGCUGUGAGCAAAUCUGUAAGGAAACCGACGCGGGACAUACCUGCUCAUGCCUUCCAGGAUACAAACGCAGUGGAACUUCAUGUAUUGAAAAUCGUUGCGCCACAAGUGAUUGGACGACUCCGGAUAAUGGCGUAAAAACACCUCAGCAAGACUGUGGUGAUGGACGAACAGUAAGAGUGAAUACAAUAUGCAGAGCUGAGUGUAACUUUGGUUACCAGCUUGAAGGCACUUCAACGACUGUAUGCACUCCACAAGGCAACUGGAACCCAAGGAACUCUCCUAGAUGUACAGUGAAAAAAUGUGUCCCCGUGGUUCUUCCUAACCGUGGACAAGUAACUCCUUCUUUUUGUGAGACUGGUCCGCCUCAUGGGGAAACAUGCUACUUUUCAUGCCUGGAUAACUUCGAAGUGGAUAACACUCAAGCUUCUUGUAGCAAUGGAGUCUGGAGUAGUAGUCCAGUUUUCAGUUGCGUCGAUAAUACAAAACCGGAGUUUACCAGUGACUGUCCGCCAGACCAAUCUGUCAUUGCUGAAAAAGGACAGACUGACAAGAUCGUUUUCUGGCCGCCAAUUACGGCUGAGGAUAAUGAUGGUCAAGUUCCUGAAAUGGUGGUUACUCCAGCAGAGAUUUCGCCGGAAGAUACAUCACAUAAAUUUUCAGAAGGAACCCACGUCGUAACUUUUACAGCAAGGGAUUUGAGUGGAAAUUCACAAACAUGCUCUUUUAUAGUAGAAGUGAAAGUUCUUCGAUGUAAUGCUUUGGUUGCGCCUCCAAAUGGCGUGCUGGACCCGACAAAUUGCGGUAAUUUACUUGGUACCAAGUGCGGGGUUAAAUGCCUUAAUGGGUAUGAGGAUAAACAACUGAGCCCUCGCAGGGAAUGCGAGAAGAGUGAGGAUGACCUUGCUUAUUGGACAGGGGAAGAGACAAAUUGCACAGUGGUCAAGUGCCCAGCCAUUUCAGUACCUCCCAACGUUGAUAUGUCAGGAAAUGGAUGUCAAGACAGCGCUCCCGAGUUUGGGACAACCUGCUUUUUCAACUGCCGUCAGGGAUAUAAACGCAUUGAAGGCUCUCAUUCUAUAGUGUGUAAUGCUGACAAAGCAUGGAGUGGCUCACUUCUUCAAUGUGAAGCUGUGACAUGUCACCCACUUCCUGUGGACUCAAAAGAACUCUCAGUGGAACCUGCAUCUUGCGAACUGACCAAUUCCUCCUACGGAACAGAGUGUCGGUUCCAAUGCACUUCAGGAUACCAGCUUGAAGGACCUUCCGUAAAAACCUGCACCCAGAGCGGUGACUGGUCUUUCACCGCGAACACCUUCUGUAGAGACGUUUCCCCGCCUAACUUUGGUAAUUCUUGCCCCAACACAACUGUGGAAUAUGCUGAUAGAAAUUCCAAUUCAAAGAGGAUCAGUUGGACUGAACCGCAUGCUACAGACAAUUCAGGAGUCGAACCAAAAGUUCGUCGUGUUGGCAAAAAACCUGGUGACGUAUUUCCAGAAGGCAUCCAUUCUGUCAAAUACAUCUUUACCGAUGACAGAGGAAAUACAGUGGAAUGUUCAUUUCAAGUCACUGUAUCCGUGAUGUACUGCAUACCAAAGCUGAUAAAUCCACCAAGUGGCAGAGUGUCUUGUUCUUAUGAAAAUCGUUUCGGAUCAAAUUGUUCGUUUACAUGCCAAAAUGGUUACAGUAUCAGGGGUUCUGUUCACCGCCAGUGUGAAGCUGAAGAGGGGAAGCCACCUGUUUAUUGGACUGGAAAUGAGACACACUGUAAAAUUGUGAAAUGUGAUAAAUUGAAUAAGACAGCCAAUGUUAUCAUGUCGGGAUGUGGAAGAGCGUCAUUUUCCUAUGGUGAUAAAUGCCUGUUUUACUGUGAGCAUGGUUACAAAGCUGUAAGUGGAACAAAAGAGAGACAUUGUCGGGAAAAUGGGACUUGGUCAGGUUCACCUCUAACAUGCACAGUUGUCCAGUGCAGCUCCCUAACUUCACCCGAACACGGCCAUGUCACACCAAGUCAGUGCCUCAACAACCCUCCAUAUGGAACUCUUUGUCAAUUUACUUGUCAGAGAGGAUACCGAGUCAACGGCUCAGACAUAAGGACUUGUUCUUCUUCUGGCAACUGGUCGGACAAUGCGUUAAUUGUUUGCAAAGGUACAACAUUUCUUUUGCCUAAUUUUCUGCGAUAGGCCAUUUCCGAGUUACCUUGUUUUGAUAACUCAGUUGGUAGAGCACUGCACCGGUAUC